AUGAAGACGGGCUGUAGGCCGUACAAGGCGAAGGCUCGCAAGUAUGCGCCCGAAUACCAGGCAUUUCUUGAGUCGUUCAACGAGAUGUUGGUGAAGCUCGGGUGGGUUUACGAGAACCCGACCAGCCCUGUUGUCCUACAUGACUCACCGCAAGAUCUACAC